AUGCAGGUCAGGCUGCUGGGGGCUGGCCAGCGCGAUGGCCCCAGCCGCUUUGGACAGGAGCGUGGCUUGGCUUUGACAGCGGUUAGAGUUGGGGAGGGGGCUGCAGGCGACACCACUAUCAGCUGUAUAGCAGCACCUGGGAGCCCGGGUCCAGAUCCAGGGUCCCGUUGUCUGGGCACAACAGAGAUCCUCAGCGGCGUCAUUCGCAGCUUGAAGAAGGAAGGGGAAUGGAAGGUGCUGAUCAUGGACCACCCCAGCAUGCGCAUCCUCUCCUCGUGCUGCAAGAUGUCCGACAUCCUGGCCGAAGGCAUCACAAUCGUGGAGUAUAUUAACAAGCGGGGGGAGCCAAUCCCCAGCCUGGAGGCCAUCUACCUGCUCAGCCCAGUGGAGAAGUCGGUGCAGGCUCUGAUCAGUGACUUCCGGGGCACCCCCACCUUCAACUACAAGGCAGCUCACAUCUUCUUCACAGACACCUGUCCUGACCACCUGUUCGAGGAGCUGAGCAAGUCACGCAUCACCAAGGCCAUCAAAACCCUCAAAGAGAUCAACGUGGCCUUCCUGCCCUACGAGAGCCAGGUGUACUCCCUGGAUGCGCCAGAGACCUUCCACAGCUGGUUCAGCCCCUACCGCUCCUUGGAAAAGAACAAGCAGACGGACAUGCUGGCCGAGCAGAUAGCUACUUUGUGUGAUACCAUGAAGGAGUACCCAGCCAUCCGCUACAGGAAGGGCCAUGAGGAUAACUUAAACCUGGCGCAAGCUGUGCUGGCCAAGCUCAACGCAUUCAAGGCCGACAACCCCAGCAUGGGGGAGGGCCCCGACAGAGCGCGCUCGCAGCUGCUGAUUGUGGACCGGAGCUACGACAUGGUGUCCCCGCUGCUGCACGAGCUCACCUUCCAGGCCAUGGCCUACGACCUGCUCAGCAUCGAGAACGACACCUACAAGUAGGGCCCGGCGGCCAGCAGGGGGCGCCCAGCCC